CAUCGAUGAACUCGCUAACAAACGCCUUAAUUUACAUGCCAGGUACUAAGAUGUCUGACUACUUCCACAAGCCCUUCCGUCCCAUCGACCUGCCCGCCGAGCUCCGCGUGGAGGUCUACUACUGGACCCUAGCCACCACUCCCGUCGAGCCUUUCCGAGCCACUUGGUGCGACUGUACAGUCUGUACCGACAACAACAACCUCCACCACCCCCUCGAACGAACCGAAGUCGGCGAACCUUCCACCCGAAGCAACCUCUUCGUGGCCUGCAAGCAGGUCCACGCCGAAGCCGCGUGGUCCUCUACAGGCGCGGAAUCUCCGAGUGCCCCGCCAUCUGCUGUCCAGAUCGUCUUGGCGAUGUCGUGGAGUACUGUUUACAAUUCGAGCGGAUGAUUAUCUCAACACACCGCGCUAAAGACCCCUCUUGGUCAAUCAUUCCCGGCACUGUCGUAGAAGUGGUCGGCCGCGUUAUGAACCGCACUGAGAGCUUGGGGGCUGUAGACAAGAAAAUCACAAUCAGCUUCCCGGGUGUGGAGGCUGGCAAGCCAGGUGAGCUGAUUGACAAUCUUUCUGACGAUCUGUCAGCAGCGGAGCAGCGCCUGCGCAAGACUCCGGUGGUGGAGAAGUGGCGUGUCGUGCUUGCUGUGCAUUGCCAAUGGAAGGAGAAGAAGAACAGGCACUUGGAGGUGCUUUGUGGGGAGGAGCGGUCUGAAACCUCUCAGGUCCCAGGGUAUGAGAAAGGCAUGUCGGAAUUGAUUUCGGAUUGGUUGCAACGCGGUCCUGGCGAACGCAUCAGGCCGCACUUCGAGAACAUUGGGUUUGAAUUCGAGAAUACAGAACUACGUCGUAAGUUCAGGCACAUGAACAUACCAUUGCUCGAGCUCGACCUCUGCUCUCAUGAUGCCACCGUAAGGAGUGGCUCAGCUAGCAAGUAAAGGGUCAGGCAAGAGACAGCCUAAUCCUCACUAUAU